CUCAAUCUCUCUCUUUUUCUUUCUUCUCUUCUUCACCACGCUUAGUUUCUUCUGCUGAUCCCCAUUAUACAUACCUUAAAUAGCUAGGCCUUCUGUCCUUUCUUCAAAGCCAUAAACCCAACAGACCCUGCUAAAUAAGGGUAGGCCUAUAUAUAGCUAGCCAUGAAGGAGAGUGGGAGAAAGCAAGGAGCAGCUUCCCCAUGUGCAGCAUGCAAGCUUUUGAGGAGAAGGUGUGCUCAAGAUUGUGUUUUUUCCCCUUAUUUUCCGGCAGAUGAGCCCCAGAAGUUUGCUAAUGUGCAUAAGGUGUUUGGUGCUAGCAAUGUCAACAAGAUGCUCCAGGAAUUACCGAUGCACCAGCGCGGCGACGCAGUCAGUAGCAUGGUGUACGAGGCGAACGCAAGGGUGCGUGACCCCGUGUACGGCUGUGUUGGGGCCAUAUCAUCGCUGCAGCAGCAGAUAGACGCGCUUCAGACACAGUUGGCUCUGGCCCAGGCCGAAGUGGUGCACCUACGUGUAAGGCAGACAGCAUCGCUAUCAAACCACGGGUUCGGCCCAGGUAGCCCAAACAGUAGCGGGUCACCCUCGUCUAAGCUCAUGGGUUCGCAAGUCAAGCCCAUUUUCGACAUGGAUAUGGUGGUGGACCAAGCCAGCUUGGGAGAAUCGAUGUGGUCAUGCUAGGUUAAAUUUUGACGUCACCUUAAAAUUUCCUAUGAUCAUUUUCCUCAUUGCUUACUACACAUCCAUUUGGUAGAGAUACUAGCAGUGGUGGCAGCAGCAGCGGCCGCGGCCAUGGCGGCGGCCGUGGCGGCAGCCAUGAAUAGAGAUAGUAGUGGUGGUGGUGAUGGCGGUGACCCUGAAAAAACAUAUAAAGCUAGAUUUUGGUUUGAAAAGGGUUUUCACUGACUGUAUUGUACAUAUAUAAUUUAACCUUUUUAUAUAGUGGGUAAUUUAUAAAGUGGGAUUGUCCUC